CACCCGUCUUUUUUUUGAUGCGAUAGUUAGACCUGGUGAUGCACAACAUCAAUCAGGAGGACGAUAUGCAUGUCAAGUCGUCGUUUUUUUUGAUGCAAGAGACAGAAGGGCCGUUUGCAGGUACCCAUUUAUACUUACAGUCAAGCCGAAGAAGUGUAGAAGCAGGAUGGACAUUAUCGCACCAGCAGCCGAGAUGAAGAAAUGCGCUGUGUUCUUCAGACCUGUCUUUUUUUUUCAACAGCGAGCCAAACAUGGCAUGCACCGAUGCCGCGUACCGUCGUUCGGUUCGAACUUCGACUUUUUCUGAGUUGCAAUAAUGCUCGGUCCUCUCUGCUCGGAUUCGGAAGUGGAGGUCACUUUUUUUUUAAAAUAAUUGAAAGGUGGAGUCGUAAUCGUUUUUAUCACAUGGUUGAUUCGCAUUCGAUUUCAUUGGGCUCCCCUGUCGCAAUAUGAAAGAGUGUGUUGGGGACUUUGAAAGUAUUUUCUUCAUCCAAGGAACCAUCGCAUCAUGUUUGUACAGCACGAGUGUUCUUGAAGGUCGUGGAGUUCUUUCGCUUUGAAAGGUGACUAUUGUACUUGUACCAAAAAAAUGACAUGGAAGACGAAGCAUCAAGAUCAACUUGUUGAGACCAACUAGUAGGUUAGUUCAUCCUUGGUAAGUAAUUUUUCUCGUCUAGGUUUAUUGGGUGCUGGUCAAAGAAUACCAAUUUGAUGAUUAUGGUAGAAUCUUCAAUUUAGCACGAAACCGUAAGCCACAAUUAUAACCUAAGUACUAGAGUAUAAUAAAAAAAAAUCCAUUGUAAUAAAAGAACAUGCCCAACAGCUACAUCAACAAAACAAUGUCGCCUUCCGCGGCCGAAAAAGCGGGAAGGAGUAGGAGCGUUAAAACCGGGGAAUUCUUCGAAUGGAUUGGUGAGGAUAAUAUUCGAGAACGACACGCCGAAGAGGAAAACUAUGGUCUCGUUGCCACCCAAUCUGCAGCGGCUGCUUUGAGGAAAGCAGCAAAUGUAUUACUUCUAGUGCUACAGGAUGUUUUGUUGAUGUUGCCUCCUCGACCUCGACGAGAGCUAGACCGAGUCCUAGGCCGUCUUCUUGCUUCAUUUUUUCCGUCAUGUUUGGAUGAAAGUACUAGUGAGUUAGUUACUUACAUACAUAGUACUUUUUUUUGCAAUUGUUACUGUUAGAUCAUGGAUAUGGAUUUGGUUGCAUUGUUUUUCACGUUCAGACUUUCGCUGCUUACGGUCAGCGGUCCACCUCAUUGCCUGGAAGAGCAGGCCGUUUCGAGACCGGAACUGCUAAAGCUGUUGAGACUUUCAAGCGACUGCGCGACGGCUUUUCCUCAUCUAUGGCUCGGGGUAAUCAUGUUACAGCUGAGCAGCAAGAGGAGCUCGAUGACGAUGAGGAGGAGGACGCUGAUGACGCAGUAACGUCAACGACAGCGUCAGACUACGAGGAUGAAGAGGAUGAAACCAGUUGUAGUUCUUCUGGAGCAGAGGGAGGUAGAACAAGUUGUGCGCGUUUAUCUCGUAGAGGCAGAAGCACAACGACAUGUGGAAGGGAUAUGGGGUGUUGCACAUCUUCAGUUGGGAGAAAAGGAUUGUCCUUGUACUCACCACCAUCAUCUGGUGUGCGCGAUUGCAGCUUGAAGAUACUGCAAGGAAGAACCGGGUACGGGCAGACGGACAGUGCAGAUGAAUACAACCAACAUGUUCUGCGUGAGCAUUAUCACCAAGCUUCGGAAAGCACACCUUCAUCAAUUAGUUGUACGAAAAAUAUCAGUACGGAAUUUGUAGCAGACAUGCACCAUGUUUCAGCAACACUUUUUGGAGAAGGCUGUGGACAUUUUCAGCGACGUGCUUGGACGCCUUCGCCUUCGCCGAAACUGCUUAGAACACCAGAAGAGGCGUUUCUUCGACGUUGUGCAGCGUCAACUGCGCAAGGGAUCCAGAUGCCUUCCUGCCUGCCAACCAGCCGCUCGCCCUCCAUAUCUUCCUCACCUGGCGGCGGCUGCGGCAGGUUGUCAUUACUCGUCGCUGGACAAAAGGUUAAGGUACCACACGAGCUGCAGCAGGGCUCGUUCGAUCAAGAUAUCAGCCGGCGUGUUGAUUUCGGGGGUAGAAGUGGACUGGAUGGAUCUGCGAGGACUACAACAAGUCGCGGAUCCCCGUUUGCAUCGACGAAGUCACUGGUUGCACUACGUGCUGGCUUCAACCAGUGUGGCGGAAGCACAAGUUCAAGCAGCCGCCUAUCUCCUGGAUCGAGACUAGUUGAAUCGUCGACAUCAUGUCGCAUGCAAGGGCGCCUAGAAGGGAGUUGUAGCUCUUUGGUGGAUCAUGAACAAGAUGUCCUAGCAGCAAGAGUCGUAGCCGAAAGCUUCUUCGAAGUGAGUCCGACAGGUGAGUUGCGACACCAGGAGGCACAUCCCGCAAGAAAACGGCGAUUCGCGUCGCGCUCACCGUCCUCGCUGAAGAUGGGCAAUUUUAGAAGAAAAACCAACAGCCCAAGCCCUACACCAUCCACCCAAUUCCAGACAAGCAAUGCUCGGAUCCCUCCGUUUGGCACUACUAGUUGUACGUCUUCCACCGUGCUUCAAAGCAAGAACGGAAAGCUGAUGAUGAGCGCUGGAUCAUCCGCAGCUAGUUCCUGUGCAGACAGUGCGGCUCGGAUUCUCAGGAACGCUCGGGAUGCAUUGGGAGAUCCUUCGGUGCCGCAAGUGUGUGGAGCGCUGCUUUCGAUGUUGCCGCCAGCUCUUGUUAAGGCUUCCGGGAAUCCACCUUCAGAAGCAUCUUACUAGGACUGUAGUUUUAGUUCUUCCAUAAGGGAAAAACAAAACGGCUUCAAGAUGCAUCUCAAGAUGGAUGCGGGUGAGCGCUAAUCUUGGUGCUACAUCUGCUGGAGGGCUUUCCCUGGCAACGGCUAGCGCAGCGGGACUGGCCACACCCAUCGCCCUCGCUUUCUGCCCGAACCCGUUGCUAAUGUUCGGACCCGAAGUAGAGCAGGCAGUACAGGAUUGCCUGCCUGAAAACUGGUACUGAUUAUGACUGUAAGUAUUGACUUCGAAUUUGUGAUAUUGGUGGGAGUUGCUAUGUUUCUAAGUUCGCCUCUCCGUGGUCUCAAUUUGUUUUCUUGCUACUUUUGAAGAUACUUAAUUGAAGGCAAGGCCACAUACCUAUACAACUAGAUAGAUAAAGAUAAACGGCGCGCUUCCGCUUCGAUCUUCAGGUCUAUGCCAGCGCAGCAGAACGGAAUGCUCGUAGUGACGUUUUUGCAGGGGUCGCUCGCGUUAGGUCGGAUUUUUCUGGGUGAUAUUUUCGGUGGUGCUUACGCGUUGAUGCUUGCCACUCUGGGCUAUAAUUCGCGGCAUCCCGGUCCCCAGGCGAACACGCUGAAGACGUACAUCCUCAUUACCUUCAUCAACGGCACAGUGGGAACAGUGGAUUUUAUUCAAAAUAUGUUUCUAGGCAACUACCCGAUCUUGUCGCGCUCUUUGCCGCUCGCUGUGAAUGUCGCGCACUUGGUGCAAUUUGCGGUGCCUUUGAUCUCCUUCAGCGGCGCUUACAUCGGAUGGGAGUACAUCAAGGCGCAAAGGGCCUACAUGGCCAGGUAUCACUACGAGCAAGCAAAGCCCCCUGCAGUUCAUCCCUCGCUCCCCUGGCCACCACCAGCACUGCCGCCGCCGAAAGUGCUCGAGCACAUGGCUCGUAUCACUAUUCCCUAGAUUAAGAUGUUCCUGCUUUGUAGAUGUACAUGUAGUUAGUAUCAGUGAUAUUUAAUUUUUUCUUUGCCGAUCUACUUCUUGUUCUACUUGUACUUCAUCUACAACAAUAUAACUUACUAUCGCGAUCACAACCUGCACCCAGGUGAAAUGGAGGCAUACCACAAACGAAUGGCUGCCAUCACAAACAGUCGUGGUGAGAUAGUGCUGGACGCAGACCUGCAACCUGGCGCCUUACGCAAUAUUGAAGAGGAGAGCGAGGAUGAAGAGUCGUCUCUCUCUGAGGAUUUUUAAGGCUCCCCUUAUAUAUAACCUUGUUAACCUUACAGUACAUACUAGAUACAUGGUCAAAAAUUUACUCGUCCACAUAUGAUCAACAUGAGACGAAAAUUUAUGUCUUUACAGGCUUCUUGGGAUCGUAGGCAUCCUGGUCAGGGGAGAUGGCCAACAAGCUGCUCUUCAGGAUGAAUAUCGGUACUAAGGUCUAAUCUGAGGUGGAGGAAGGGAUCGAGGAACUCGAAGCUAGUCCGCGAAAAGCCAUCAUGGAUGGUGUAGCGAGUAAUACGACAAUCGAGAGCAGAAAUGCAGAGGACACGGCAAACAAGAGCAAAAAUGCAUCAACGUCAGCAUUGCAGUUAGUGAAAAAAACCUCAUCUGCAGAUCCCUCUUCGGCAUCUCCAGAUGCGGAACAGGCUGGGAACCAAGGUGUAGGUACAGCACCUGCAGAGGUGACAACCACAACGACCUCCACGACCACUAUCACAAUCACGGCUGCGACCACAACGACACUGUCUACCACAGUGAAGAAUUUAGAGGAGUAG